AAUUUUUUGUUGGGUUGCUGGUUGGGUUGGGGAUCCAAUCCGUCCAAUCCAAUCCAAUCCAUGGGGGAGGAGGCCGGCGGCUACGAUUUUGACUUCGGGGGAGGGGGCUAUGGCGGGUACGACGGGAGGGUGACGGAGUGGGAGACGGGCCUGCCGGGGUGCGACGAGCUGACCCCGCUGUCGCAGCCGCUGGUGCCGCCGGGGCUCGCCGCGGCGUUCCGCAUCCCGCCGGAGCCGGGGCGGACGCUCCUCGACGUGCACCGCGCGUCCUCCGCCACCGUGUCCCGCCUCCGCUCCGCCUCCUCGUCCCCCUCCUCGGGCAACGGCCACGCCACGGGGGGCGGGUCCUUCCCCUCCUUCCCCGGCAAGGCGGCGGCGGCGGCGGAGGCCGGGGAGGACAGCGGCAACCGGGACAACAACUCGGCGGAGUCGGGCGGGGACAAGUCGGCGGCGGCGGCGACGAAGCGGGCGCGGCUGGUGUGGACGCCGCAGCUGCACAAGCGGUUCGUGGAGGUGGUGGCGCACCUGGGGAUCAAGAGCGCGGUGCCCAAGACCAUCAUGCAGCUGAUGAACGUGGAGGGGCUCACCCGCGAGAACGUCGCCAGCCACCUCCAGAAGUACCGCCUCUACGUCAAGCGGAUGCAGGGCCUCUCCAACGAGGGGCCCUCCGCCUCCGACCACAUCUUCGCCUCCACCCCGGUGCCGCCCAGCCUCCGCGAGCCCCAGGUGCCGGUGCCGCACGCCGCCGCCAUGGCCCCCGCCAUGUACCACCACCACCCGGCCCCCAUGGGCGGCGUCGCCGCCGGCCACGGCGGCUACUACCAGCAGCAGCACAGCGGCCACGCCGUCUACAACGGGUACGGCGGACACGGCCACGGCGGCGGCGUCUCCUCCUAUCCGCACUACCACCACGGCGACCAGUAGGUGAGGAUAAAGAUCGAUCGAGAUGCUCUGCUUCUCUGUCACAAGUGUGUGUUUGUUCCUGCUCAUCAGUCAGUCAACAGAUGCUGUAAUUGUAACCUGUAAUCAGUCGGUCAGUCAGUCCAUGAUCCAUCGUCAGUCUAGCAUAGGCGUGUGUUUGUGUCGAUCAGUCAAUCAGUUCACAGCUGCGGCUGGGCAUAAUUGUUAAGAAGAAGAAGAAGAUUAAUUAACAAGGGGAGCUCAAGUGAAGCUGCUCCCGGGGUAAGAGGAAGAUUAGCAAUAAGAAGAAGAGAGUUACAGGGUGUGUGCGCUCUGCUUAGUGUUGAUGUAUGUAUGUAAUACUGCUCUGCUGUAACUGCAAAAUCUUGGCUGCUGCCCCCAUUUUGGGCAGUGACAAGAUGAUCAUAAUAUGAAGCCCAACAAGGGAAUUAGGAUUGUGAUCCUCUACUUGUGAA